UUGAGUAGAAGUUUGGGUUGGCUUUGCCAUACGUAAACUGGAGUCUUUGAAAUGAAAAUUUUGGGAUAUUUUUCAACAAUUGUAAUGCCAUCAGAUAGCAGAAAAAGACAUCGGUCACGUGACCGAAGUCCAAGAAGAAGAAGAAGUCGUUCUAGGAGUAAUGACAGAUCCAGCCGAAAGAAAGAAAAGUUUCAUCGAAAACGUAAACAUUCUAGUUCAUCUAGCUCAUCUAGUUCUCCCGAUCGUGAGAAGCGUGAGCGUUUAAGACGAUCCAGAAGCAAAGAUAGAAGUAAAAAAAGAGCACGUUCAAGAACUCGCAGCCUUGAGAAAAAAAAGAAAAUAAAUAAAGACGAUUCAAGACAUGAGAAAACGCGAGAUAAAAAUGAAGAAUCUGUAAAUACGUCCAAGAAGAAUGAUGACAAGAAAGAUGAAGCCAAAAAAGACUCAACAGACAAGGAUUAUGGGCAAAAAAAUCUUGAGGAAGAAAUGAAAAAAAGGAAGGAAAGGAUUGAAAAUUGGCGGAAGCAACGAAAAGCUGAAACUGAAGAAAAAGAAGCUACAUCUAAUAAAGAAAGUGAAUUAAAUAGGAAAGGUUGGACAUUGGAAGAUGAUGAAGAAGACGAUGCUGAACCUGAAGAUGUAAAUCAGGAGAAUGGUGCCACAGGCAAUGACAACGCUGAAGCUAUGCAGGAAGAAGAAAUUGAUCCGUUGGAUGCUUUCAUGGUUGAGGUAGACCAACAGGUGUCAAAGCAAAAGCAGGAUGAUGACAAACGAAGAGGGUUACUAAGUCUGAGAAAGGCAAAGCAACUGUUAUUACCACUGUUGUUAAAAAACAGAAUGUUUCUGAGGCAGAGAAUCAAAAGAAAGUCAAGAGGUGAACUGAUGGCAAACGAUCAAGAUGCGAUGGAGUAUUCUUCUGAAGAAGAAAAGGAAGAUAUUCUCGCUGAUCCGAAUAAUAUAGGCUAUAAAACAAAGCCAAAAAAGGAGUUAGCCGCAGUGGAUCAUACUAAAGUGUAUUAUCAACCUUUUAGAAAAAACUUUUACGUCGAAGUUCCAGAAUUGGCAAAGCUUACUCCAGAAGAGGUUGAGGUUAUGCUGCAGGAUCUUGAAAAUAUUAAAGUCAAGGGAAAGGAUGCUCCUAAGCCCAUUAAAUCGUGGGCACAGGCAGGUUUAAGUUUGAAGAUAAUGGAAGUUCUUAAAAAGUGUAACUAUGAGAAACCAACUCCAAUUCAGGCUCAGGCAAUUCCUUGUGUUAUGUCAGGAAGAGAUAUGAUAGGAAUUGCAAAAACAGGUAGUGGAAAAACAUUAGCAUUUUUGAUCCCAAUGUUGCGUCAUGUGUUAGAUCAACCCGUUUUGGAGAGAGAUGAUGGUCCGAUUGCAAUCAUCAUGACCCCAACACGUGAACUGGCUUUGCAGAUUCAUCGAGAAGCAAAAAAAUUUUGCAAACCUCUUUUACUUCGUGUGACGUGUGUUUACGGCGGAACGGGCAUCAGUGAACAGAUUGCAGAACUAAAAAGAGGCGCUGAAAUAAUUGUAUGUACCCCCGGGCGUAUGAUUGACAUGCUCACAGCUAACAAUGGUCGAGUGACUAACUGUCGUAGAUGUACUUACCUCGUUUUGGAUGAAGCAGAUAGAAUGUUUGAUAUGGGUUUUGAACCCCAAGUAACAAAGAUUUUGGACUGUAUUCGACCUGACAGACAAACUGUUUUAUUUUCUGCAACAUUUCCAAGACAAAUGGAGGCUUUAGCUAGAAAGAUUCUCACGAAACCUGUCGAGGUACAAGUAGGGGGUCGAAGUGUUGUUUGUUCUGAUGUCGAUCAAAAUGCGGUUAUUAUAGAAGAAGAUGAUAAAUUUUUAAAACUUCUCGAGCUUCUUGGAGUCUAUCAAGAACAAGGUAGUAUUUUGGUGUUUGUUGAAAAGCAAGAAUCUGCUGAUUCUUUACUAAAAGAUUUACUAAAAAGAUCUUAUCCUUGUUUAUCACUUCAUGGAGGUAUGGAUCAGUUUGAUCGAGAUAGCACGAUUGCUGAUUUUAAAAAUGGUACCAUAAAAUUGAUGGUUGCAACGUCUGUUGCUGCUCGUGGUCUUGAUGUGAAACAAUUAGUUUUGGUGAUUAAUUAUGAUUGUCCAAAUCACUAUGAGGAUUAUGUUCAUAGAUGCGGCCGCACAGGUCGUGCGGGUAACAAAGGCACAUCAUACACUUUUAUCACUCCUGAACAAGGAAAAUUCACAUCUGAUAUUGUUAAGGCUUUUGAACUGUCUGGCACUGAGGCACCCGAAGAUUUAAAAUCGUUUCUGCGGCAGUAUAAAGAAGAACGAAAGGCUGAAGGGAAAAGUAUCGUGAAGAACAGUGGAUUUUCUGGAAAAGGAUUCAAGUUUGAUGAAAACGAGAAAAACCAAGCGAAUGAAGCGAAAAAAAUGCAAAAAUGGGCGUUAGGGCUGCAAGAUUCAGACGACGAAGCUGAAGCUGCAGAUAAAGCCGUUGAUCAGAUUGAUAAAGACAUUGCAAAAGCUUUCAGUAAUAAACCGACUUUAAAAAAAGCUGGAGCUAUUAUUCCACCUAUUCCAAAUCAAAAUUCAGAAACAAUUAAAGGAGCACAAAAAGCCAAACUUAACCUCGCUGCAAGUAUAGCCGCCAAAAUUAACGAGAAAAUAAGUUCUGGGAAUAGUAUGGAUAUGACGCAACAAGCAACCAGUAAAAUCAUGAAGGGUGAAGCUGUCAGCAAAAUGUCCGGUCUUGGCUUGGCGAAACAACUUGCAGAAAAAGUGAACAAUAAGCUUAAUUACAUUCCUGUUGAACCAGAGAAAGAAGAGGAAACGACAUCGGAUGAUCGAUACGAAGAUGAAAUUGAAAUCAAUUCUUUCCCACAGCAAGCACGUUGGAAAAUCACGUCUAAAGACACGUUAUCUCAAAUUACUGAGUAUUCUGAAGCUGCUGUAACUGUACGUGGUACCUAUGUUGCUCCAGGAACUCAGCCACCUGAAGGAGAAAGAAAGAUUUAUUUAUAUAUUGAAGGACCAACUGAGAGAGCAGUACAGAUUGCCAAACUGGAAAUCAAACGAGUGCUUAAAGAAGAAUUACUUCGUCAGAGUGCAUAUCAUGGACCUCAACCAACUGGGCGAUAUAAAGUUAUAUGAUAAACUGUCCAAUUUCUUCUUUACCCUAUUUGAUUUUAACUUCGCGGAAUGUUUAAUAGUCAUAAAAAUGUAAUAACCAAUGUCAAAAAGACGGUUAGAACAUUCGACAAACAAAAUAUUAACUACUCCUUUCUGGUCUUCAACACAGAGUGUCGAUUUGUUAAAAUAUUUUACUCUAAUUCAUUCAUUUUGUUUUUCACUGUAAAAUAAUCGAUAACUUCACUGCUAUUGUAGUCAGCUAGUUUUCAAAAUGCUUAAAAAUUUCAGCACCCCA